AUGGUCUGGUUUAGCCAAGCAGCCCUUCUCCUCAGCAGCGCGCUGCUGGUGGCAGACGUGCUUUCCGUCGGGGCCGUCCACACUAUGAUCCCCACGACGAGCUUCAACUCCCUGGCCGACUUUGCAGAGGACUGGGAAUAUCUCUACCCCUGGGGCACCGACCACAACGGCGCGGCGCGCAUGAGCAAGGACAACGUAAACAUCAGCGACGGCACGCUGACCCUCACGGCAAAAAGGGUCACCGGGCAGCCGCCGGCGACCCAUGGCGGGAAAAAAAUCAAUAUAGACUAUCUCAGCGGCGCGAUCCACGCUAAAGAGUAUUUCACCGUAGCGCCCGGAGGCGGGUACGACUUCAGAGGCGAGGUUAGGGCGCCGACAAGGAAGGGUACGUGGCCCGCCUUGUGGACGACCGCCGUCCAUGGGUGGCCGCCGGAAGUCGACAUGGCUGAGUGGAAGGGCACUGGCAAGAUCAGCUUCAACACGUUCAACACGAGUUCCAUCGUUGCCUCAAAGGAUGUGCCGUACCCGAGCCCGUGGAACUUCCACGCAAUCAAGUGCGAGAUGAGGGACCUGAACGGCAAGGAUGUGCAGUCCAAGUUCUAUUUGGAUGGCAACCUCAUUACGACGCAGGUCGGCGCCGGGUAUGUGGGGCAGGCGAUGUACCUCAUCAUCAACUUGCAAAUGGAGGGUUCAUCGGGUUCGCCCGGCCCAGCGAACGACACGAUUUACCAAGUCCGAAACUUCGAGGUGCUGAGCUACAAUCCUUUGUGA